AGUUACAUAUAAACUACCAAAUUAAGGGUGAAGUUGAUAAACUUCAUGUAAACCUGAUCAGUAUUAACUGAUAAAAAGAUACUGAUAUCCUAGUUUAGUGAGUAUGAACGAAAACAAUGCCGCUUAAAAAGUAUGAAUGUAUCGACGGUGAAUUCUGUGUUACUGAUGAAAUAAAGGCGGCGUUUGAGAAGGAUGGUUUUAUCAUAGCCAAGGGCUUACUGUCACAGGAAGAGAUUGCACAUGUUGAAAAAGCGCUCAAGACUGGACCUUUUGAAGAUCAUACUUAUGGGGUUGGAGACGGGGCCGGUAAAGAAGCACAUUUAAUUAUGUGGAACCAUCCUGGUGUUGACGUUACAGGUAUGGUUGGUAGAUGUGAAAAAGUCGCUGGUACAUGUGAGAAGCUUCUCGGUGGAGAGGUUUACCAUUACCAUACAAAGUUAAUGAAGAAACCGGCAAAGAUUGGCGGAAGACAUGUUUGGCACCAAGACUAUGGAUACUGGUAUAGAUAUGGCAAUUUAUUUCCAAACAUGAUGACAGUGUUCAUUGCUGUUGACAAGGCCACCAAAGAAAAUGGUUGUCUCCAGGUAUUAAAAGGCUCUCACAAGUGUGGACGCAUUGAUCAUAUCACUGUAGAUGGUCAACAAGGUGCCGAUAUGGAAAGAGUUGAAGAGAUAGCAAAACAAUUACCACUUGAAUAUGUUGAACUUGAACGAGGAGAUGCAUUAUUUUUCCAUUGUAAUUUAUUGCACUGUAGUAGCGCCAACACUAGCCCCUCAAGGCGAUGGGCAUUUCUUUGUGCAUACAACAGGGCUGAUAAUAAUCCAGUGAAAGUUCAUUUUCAUCCGUUUUAUACACCUUUAGAAAAGGUUCCAAAUUCUGCAAUUCUCGAGUGCCAGGAUUUUACAACUUUGGAUGGCAAAUGGUUUAAUGACCCCAUUACUGAUAACAUUCCAACUGGAAGACGAAUUUCACAAAAUGGACAAUAAAUUAUACAUCUGACCUGAUCAUGUAUUUCUCUUUCCAUUCACGUUACCAGAUACGUUAAACAGUUUCUGUAGCGGCAAAUAUUUGUUUCCGUCACAUUGCCUGCUUUUCUUUUCUUCAUGUCACAAGUUUUCACUCGACAAAUAUGUAUACGUUAAUUAUUGUACAGUGCAUUUCUUUAAUCAAAUCGGAUAUAUACAGUAUAUUAUACUGAUAUACCAUACAUUGUUUUAUUUAUGUUUAUCCCAAGACAGAUCGGCUGUAUGUUGAUAAAACCUUAGUACCAUUCAUGUUUUUAAAGAUGAAAUCAAAUUAUUAUGGUACAAUAAUGUAAUUUAAACAUCUUUUUAAAUGUCCAGAUACAUGUAUAUUAUCUUACAUAUUUGUAUAUUAAAUAAAAAUUAAAAACUCCGAAACAUCUUUUAGCAUAUGUAAAUAACAAAAUUCCAAACCAGUAAUAGACUGAAUCUAUGUCAAAACUCGUACGUUGAAUUAUAGAUACUAAAGACUAGACGGGAAAAUCUUGUAAUUAACAUGUUCAAAACUUUUCUUCUUUUGAUUCAACUAUGUUUUGUAACAGUUCCUACUGGAUGAGAAGACUAUAGAAGCUAGAUUACAUUGUUUAACUGGAUUAUAGAUUGGUAAAAAAGUGCAGUUCGACAAGAUCUGCAGUCAAAUUGAUAUAAUACCAUAGGAUGCAUAAAAGUAAAUUUUGAAAUAUUAAAAUGACACUGUCAAAAUAAAAAUGUCGCAGACUUAAUUUUGUUUAGGUUUUUCAUUGGCGUUAUCAGCACUAAAGUAUUACUCGAUAUUUACAUGAAAAACUACUGUUUUUUUAUUUUUGAAACGUAUGCAGAUUUAUUAUAUACAUGUACUUACAAAAAAAAUAUUAAGAAAAAAAAUUGAUGGAAUAAAAUGCGUAUUUCAAUUUUCCGUAAUUUCAAUGUAAAAAGAUAUUUUUCACUGAAUUGAAACAUAUUUUUCGUAUGUUCACUGAUAUCUUGUCGGACAACUUUCUUCUAAACUCAGCCAAUAUACAAAAUUAAAGUGUAAAUCUUUCUCAUUAUAAUGUCAAAAAAUGUAUAUACGAUAAUAUACAGAAAAUUCAAGUUUUUCCGUAAAUACAGGAUUUAUUUUCCUCUUGUGGUAUGAAAAUUAUCAUGUGUUCAUAUGGCGGUUACAAUGUUAUCUUUAUUUAUUAUUAAGACACUUCCAUGUUUUCAUAUUGGCCGUAUUCCAUAAAUUGAACUUGUAUUACAAGAAUAAAUGACAAUAAAUGA